AUGGAGAUUUAUCUUGAGGCUUUAGAUCUUUGGGAGACCGUGGAGGAGGAUUAUGAUGUUGUUCUGCUGCCUAAUAAUCCCACGGUAGCCCAGAUCAAAAGCCAAAAGGAAAAGAAAAUCAGAAAAUCAAAGGCAAAAGCAACUUUGUUUGCUAGUCUGUCUCAAAUAAUUUUCAUGAGAAUUAUGGCCUUUAAAUCACCAAAAGAAAUUUGGGAUUCUCUGAAGGAAGAAUGUACUGGAGAUGAAAGAAUACGAGGCAUGAAGGUGUUGAAUCUAAUCAGGGAAUUUGAAUUGCAAAAGAUGAAGGAAUCUAAGACCGUCAAAGAGUACUCAGACCGUCUUCUUGGCAUUGUUAACAAGGCGCAAGAGCAAAGGAGGCUUAUGAGUCAGGAUGGUAUGAUUGAAGGAGCUUUGGCAGCUAACCACAAGACUCAAAGCAAGAGUAAUAAUUCAAGAAAAAAUUACCCACCUUGCCAGCACUAUGGCAAAAUAGGUCAUCCUCCAUUUAAAUGUUGGAAGAGACCAGAUGCACAAUGCAAGAUUUGCAAUCAACUUGGCCAUGAAGUUGUGAUUUGCAAAAACAAAUCUCGAAAAUAUGAAACAAAUGCCCAAGUCACCAAAGAAGAAGAAGAAGAAGAUCACUUAUUUGUGACAACAUAUUCUUUAACCAAGAAAUCUGAUUUUUGGAUGAUUGACAGUGGUUGCACAAACCACAUGACAUAUGACAAGACUCUCUUUAAAGAGUUUCUACCUUUAAAAAAUAAGAAAAUCUGA